UCCCAGACAACUUGCCAUCGCCACCUUCAAGAUGCUGUUCCGAACAUCAGCCCUCUCGGCAGCGGUGUUGAGCAGUGUACAUCUCUCAGACGCCCUAUCGAUAUCGACGCCCAACAGUCCUUACAAUAAGCUUCGUGUCCGCCAGGAAGAUACCGCAAACCCAGAAGAGAGUUAUUGCGGCUAUAUCAUCGACAGCGUCAAUCAGGGAUUCGCUUAUCACUAUGCAUACGAUGCAUACCUUUGUCUGACCAGUGUACCUUUCAACCCUGCUGUUGCCACUCGCUUCAUCACGUACAUCAACGACACUGUGCAGUUUCAAAGCACUCUUGCAUAUCUGCGGGAUCCUCCAGCUGGAUAUCAGCAGCCCGCUGUGGAUAUCCUGUCAGGAUUGACACAAAUUCAGAACAAUAUCACGGCGCAAGUCUACAAGAACCAAUAUCAAUUCGAGGUUGACGUACAGCAUUUGCUGGAUAGCGCUCAUGAUGGCCACUUGUAUCAGAGGGGCGGUAUCAUGGCGGCUUUCUCCUUCCUCGCGCCAUAUUCCAUAACCGCUGCCUCACCAGACGGGGCAAGUCUACCGAAGCUUUACAUCACAAACGACCUAGUAAAGAGCCGAGACGAAGGCUGGACGCCUUCUGCAAUCAGCAAAAUCAAUAAUGUGGAUGCUGUCGAGUACGUCACAAAGUUGGCAAGUAUCAAUGCCGUUGGUGGUAUAGAGCCAAAUGCCGACUGGAACCAAGUGUUCUACACACCUGCCCUGGCCAUCCAGGGAUCCGGUGGUAUCUGGGACAGUGGCGUACGCUACUAUCCAGGAGACGAGAUUGAGCUGGUCAUGGAGAACGGAACCGACUACAUUGAUUACUGGCUUGCGCUCUGGAUGGAGCCGUACAGGACAGGCCCACUCACAACUGGUGGAGAUCUCUACAACUACUUCGUUCUGAACUUUUUGCCCGACUCGUAUGACACGAACGGAAGCUUUUACAAUCCAGCAUAUGAUCCCGGUGAACAGCCCGUGAACACGACUGAACCUGUUGUCGAGCCUGCACCUCAGGAGUCUUGGAAGACUAUAUCCAACGGGGCAUAUCCCGAUCCUGAUGUUCGACAGUUGGGUCUCUCAGUUCGUACCGAUGGCGUUGUUUCCGGCUACUUCCUACCACAGGUCAAUGCUGCGACACUCAGCAUCCCUUCGUUUGCACAAUACUCUGACUCCAUCGGGGACUUCAGUGGCGCUGUAUCAGAAUUCAUCAGCAAUACAACCGAACAGGGCUUGAAGAGAGUUGUGAUAGACCUCCAGCAGAACACCGGUGGUACCGUGGAACUUGCCUUUAGCAUGUUCAAGAGAUUUUUUCCGGACGUGGAUCCUUAUGCAGGAAGCAGGCGCCGAAAUCAACAUCUUGGUGGCAUUAUCGGCGAAGUAUACGAAUCGUACUUCAAUAGUCUUAACCCUAGCGAUCCUGAUUAUGACGACUUUCUGGCUGAUGAAUUUGUGGUUACGCCCAGACUCAACGCUGCAACGGGCCAAAACUUCACUAGCUGGGCUGAAUACACAGGACCCGUGCUGGAAAAGGGCGAUUCCUUCUCACUCACAGAGCGCUACAAUCUUUCGAACUCCGCAUUCACUUCAGCCUUGUUCGAAGGCUGGGUGCCACUGGGUUAUGCUCCUGAGAAUCCCCUGGGCUACAACACUCCACCAUUCGCGGCUGAGAAUAUUGUCAUAUUGACAGAUGGAGCUUGUUCAUCCACAUGCGCUCUUCUGGUCGAGAUGUUCAAGCAGGUCGGCGUUCGAACUAUUGCAGUCGGUGGACGUCCAGCCACAGGUCCCAUGCAGGCUGUAGGAGGAAAUCGCGGUGCUGCAGUUUACUCCGGCGAUCAGAUCGACUAUGACAUCGGUAUCAUCUCAAACCCUUUGCUCAAUGUCGACAACGCAACAUUGGCCACGGUUCCUCAACUCACCGAAAAUAACUACCGAGAUUCCGGUGUCUUCACAGCAGCCCUUGGUGUCAACCUCAGGGACCAGGUCCGACCUAACGAUACAGAGCCGCUCCAAUUCAAAUACGAACCCGCCGAUUGCCGCAUCUUCUACACUCUAGCAAAUGUGUUCAACUACACCCGCUUGUGGUCUGAUGCUGUUACAGCCAUCUUUGACGACUCGUCAAAGUGCGUCUCAGGAUCCACAGGCUUUUCGAGCUCAAACAAGACUGCGCCAGAACCUGCCGCAGCCGCACCACCUCCACUCAGUCUCGAAACCGUCCAGCCUGACACUGCAGUAGACGAUGAGAACCUCAGUGAGUCAGGCGGUCCACAAAACAUCGUAAAGGCUGCACAGAGCUACACCAUCGGCUACUGCGGGUCCGGUAAUUCCUGUCAAUUUCCCCGUGUCCAGCGAUGCGAAAAAGUAUACGCGACCGUCUGCGGUGUCACCAAGGAGCACCAAUUGUGUCUCCCACAAACACAAGACCCGAACAUGUGUGACCCUUUAACUGCAGAGUGGGAGCAAACCUUUACCGAGGCAUCGCGUGGUACGCUCAAGCGAAGAACUAUACCUGGUUUGGUGCCACCGAGGAGGAUUACUCCUUCCACAGGCGCGCCAGUGGGUGGAGCGCCUCCGUCAGGCCUCAGGGCUAGUAUAACGAGAGCCAAUGAGCCACAGCAACAAGUCAAGAAGUAUGGCCGUUGUAGACCAAAGAGAGGCAAGAACUUCAAGACUAGUUUAUGCCCCCGUGGAUAGGCAUUCGAGACGAUGUAAUAUAUGUAUGCCAGGUUUGGCUGGGUGGUCGAUGCCUGUGGAAAUUGCUGCAUACACUGUACUAUCACUAGAAGUUUAAUACAUUCACAUUACCUUGACUUUCCGCAUGUCCUUGCGAUGCAAGUCGAGGGCAUUUAUAGAGCAAUUUCAUCGAUAUCUG